UUUCAGUGAAAGAAUGAGCAAGAAGGAGGAAACGAUUUUCUUCAGAAUCGAGAAGGAAAAUCGUCCGGAAAGUUCGAAAAAGGAGGAAGAUGAAAAUUCAACAGAAGAAAUGACAACGUUAAAUCAUGCAUCAGUGACGCUGGAUCAUUCGGCAUUUGCCAUAGCCGAUAAAGACGGCUUCAAAAUGUAUCAGCUGAAUCCACUCCAUUUUCGAAUGUACAAAGACUAUGUAAUCAAAGUUGGACCAGUCCGCCUUGUAAAACAAGACGGAAAUUCUCGCCGUAUAAUCUACGUCUCUGCUCUCGCCGGUGGCCGAUUCGCUCAGAACAACCUGAUGAUCUUCGAUGUGGCGCGAAAUGAGGAAUACUUUGAGAUCACAACUCCAUCAAGAUACGGACCUAUUACAAACAUCCACGUAUCACCGAAUCGUCUUGUGGCACUUAAUCCGAAUAGAAUGUUUGUUUGGACGUAUCCAGAUGAUAUUAAACAAAUCCGAUCGGAAGAUAUUCGUUCAAAUCCAAAAGGAAUCUCUGCAAUGAGCUAUGAUCCAACGACGGCUGCCUGUUAUCUUGCUUAUCCCGGCUUCAAGACGGGAUCCGUUCAAAUUAUGCAUCUAAAUGCACUGACCGCCCGUGAAUCGAAAUCCCCGAUUGUCAUUGAAGCACACCUCACAGAUAUUGCCCAAGUCGCGUUGAAUUGUCAGGGAACCCUUGUCGCCACAGGAUCUACUAAGGGUACUGUAAUUCGAGUUUUCGACGCCAGAACCAAGGGACCACUUUAUGAACUUCGUCGUGGAACUGUUCAGGCUCACCUUCAGUGUAUGGCUUUUUCACCGUGCUCGAGUUAUUUGGCAGUGGCUAGUGAUAAGGGAACUCUGCAUAUGUUUGGAAUUCGAGAUGCUGAGCCACAAAAAAAGAAAAAUGUGCUCGAAAGGAGCCGUGGAAGCUCAAGUAUUGUGAAAAUUCAGCUGGAUAGGCCUGUCAUGGCUAUUGGAUUCGGAAAAAAAACGCCGAAAAAUCUGCAAAGUAUCAUCGCAAUCUGCGCAGACGCCACGUACUGGAGACACGAAUUCUACAAGGACAACACUGGAAAUUUCACGAGUCAUUUUGGGUCUUACGACGAAUUGAUCGAGGUCGCCAACGAUUCAUCGUUCUUCCGUACGCCAGUCGAGUAGAAAUGUGGAAAUGUGUAUAAAAAAUGUUCAAAAUUGUGCUAUAUUCAUCACUCAAACCUGCCAUGUGCCUUUAAAUUGCUUUAAAAAAAAAGAAAUAAUGCCAUUUUUUUUUCCCGAGAAAGCCCCUCCCAAUUGUUGGCAUUUUUCGCCCUAAAAUUCAAAUUUAAAGGUGCAAAUGGCCCUACUCACUUCAUUUUCCCUCCACUUUCAAUUUUUCGUACUUUCUCUCUGAAUUUCCUCCUCUACGUUGCGUUUUGCUCAAUUUUUCUGUUUCUGUGUGUACAUUUUUGUUAUUUUUUCCUUCUCUUGGUUAAAAAUCCGAAUAAAAUUCAAUUUUUCGUUUAAAU